GCUCGGGCCCCGCCUCCUUUUUUGUGCAGGUGACGAAUGUGCCGGGGCGGCGCGAGCGCGCGCGGGGAGAGGAGCGGCCCGCCCGGCGGCUGGGGAGCCAGCGCCGCCCCGCCGCGAUGGAGAGGCCGCUCAGGAGGAAUAAGAAAAUUGUUGAUUAUUCACAGUUUGGGGAUUUUGAAAAUGAUGAUGAAGACUUCGCCUGUGCACCUGCACCUUUAAACAAAAAAUCUAGAGUAGUACCUACAGAGACAAAUAGGGAGAAAAAGGAGAAGCAGAAAAGGCCACACAAGGAGGUGACUACUGUACCGAAGAAAAUGCCCAGUAAAAGGAUAGCCUUAGAUGACAAACUUUACCAGAGAGAUUUAGAAGUUGCGUUAGCCUUGUCAGUGAAAGAACCAUCUGGAGACAUCCUUGAAGUGCAAGAUUCACAAGAACAAGGCAUUAAAAAAUGUGAAGCUAUUGAAUUAGAAAAUGUAGACAGCAGUUCCAUCCUCUCCAACUGCAGUGCAGAUAGUGGUCUCUUAGGCCCCGAUCAGGUCAUAGAUGACAGUGACACCCCCACAGGUGGUUAUAGGCAAAGAAGAGCAGCGUCUAAAGCUAUGUCACAGCAGAAGUUACUGACAGAUGACAGUGAUGAGGGAGACCAUGCUGAUAACUAUGAGCCAGACUUUGUGUCUGAUGAGGAAUCAGAGGGUGGUUCAGAUUUCAGUGAGGAAGAUGAUGAAGACUUUGCUGCAAAAAUGAAGAAAACUAAAGAAAAUAAAAGGAAAGAAAUUAAGUUAAAGGUCCAAACAGAAAAAGAAAAGAAACCCCCCAAAUCCAGAAUUAAUGCUACAGUGACUCCGUUAGUUUCUUCUCCACGGAUAAUCCAAGCAAAAUCUCAGUCAACAGUGAAGAAGACAUCAAGUUCUCCAGAACCUGUUGGAAAACCUUUAUACACAUCAAGUCCCUCAAAAGACAAGAAGAAGCCCAAAUGGAUACCACCAGCUACCUCAGGAUGCAGUAGUAACCCACUGGGAGGAAUUUCAGUUAAAUCACCUACUCAAGGUCUCAGACUUGGCCUGUCCAGAUUAGCACGAGUGAAACCACUGCACCCAACUGCUGCCAGCAGUUAUGGUCUAUAAAAGUGUCUCUUACUUGAAGGACUACUGUUUGGAAAGAAAUUGGGUGUGCGGUGGGGUUCUUUUGUUUUUAAACAGGGUUGAAAACAAAUGAGCAGUAAACUAUUCAUUAAAUUGUUCAUUCAGAGGGAGGAAAUGCUGUCGAUGUUGCUUGUCUGUUAUUAAUAAAGGGCCUUCAUCCUUCAAGGUGCAGUGUACCACCAGUGAAGUGCUGAGCACCUUUGGCUGCUGAAUAAUAUUACUUAAUCAAGGAGACCUCAGGUUGCUCAGCACCUUUGAGGGAUCAGGCCCAAAGAAAUUGAUUGUAUAUUUGAGAUGGUACCUUUAUGAUGUCUAUCCUCUUUUGGGGAAAAAAAAAUGGGGGGGGGACAUUACAUUUUUUAAUUGCAUAAAAACAAUCUAAAAAGCAGUGUAUCAAUUAUGGAUCUAAAUAUAUAGAAUGGAUUCAUAAUGUAACCUUAAAGUUGCAGUUUUGAAUUCCCAAUUUUUAGUAUUCAUUCUGUUCAUAGUUCAAUUAAAGAAUCCCUUUAGUAAAGUGAAAUCAUUGUUUCUCCCAGUCCAGAAAAGUUGAUUCUCAAAUCUUUGUUAAAACUUACUGAUAUUUGUAUUCAUGUGGAUUUUAUUUUUAAAAAUGUAUAAUGUGCUGCUUAGAAAACUGUAUUUUUUAAAAAAGUAAAAUAAAAUAUAUUUUAUAAACA